CCGCUGAUUGUUGAAACUGAAGGACAGCGUGCAGAAACUAGAAGGUUUUGGUGGUCUCUAGCUUUGGCCCUACGAGCUUGUCAUGGGCUUAGUUAUCGAAGCGUUACCUCUUGAACAUCCACUUUUGUGCAUCAAGCCGGCAUUCUAUCCUUGGUGAGGUAACAGCAAUGUCUGCUAGCAGUAGACUCAUCCUUUCCACCUUACAAAAGUCCUUGAUAAUCAAGGAGGCAAGUUCAAAAGACAGGCCAAGAGGCCACUGUCCCAAGAGACCUCAAGGAUGCAGGAAGCUGCUCCCCCCUAAAGCUAAACUUUCUUUACAAAAUAUUCACCAGUCUGUGAGAGAUGGGCUUUGAAUCAGCUACUGCAGAGAAACUCUGCUAUAUGAAACAAAUUCAUUGGAGGAAGCUUGGCAGAUACCAAGGUGAAAGCUGACUUGGCUGUCUUCCCAACAGCAGUGUAUGGCCUCACAAGUCUUGGUUUAUCCACCAUAUGUUUAUCAAACCCAGUCAAGUGCCUUUUGUAGUGUGAAGAAACUCAAACUAGAACCAAGCAGUUGUGUGUACCACGAAAGAACCUACCCGCAAAUCUAUGUGAAUGGUAAAAACUUUGGAAUUUCUCCCCACAGGGUUAGUGCGUACUUUCAGACUAAAAACCCAUUUGACAGACCUCGAGGACAGAACUUUUUGUUGCAGUCAAAUGCUGUUGCUUUAAAAAAUAUUGCAGGUGCUACAAAAGCGUUAGCGGCGCGGGCGCAGCAAGCUCAGUUAGAGGCACCUCGGACUGGGGCGCAAGGCAGCCGAUCAGAUACUGUGGAAGGACCCCAGCGAUGUGGAUUGAAGCGUAAGAGUGAAGAGUUGGAUAAUCAAAACGGCACAAUGCAGAUUGUUGAUGACCUGUCCAUCCUGCCUGCAAUGUUACAAACCAACGUAGGAAACCCAGUGACGGUUGUGACAACAGCUGCAACUUCAAAACAAAGUGGUACAAGCGGAGAUGGCGAUUACCAGUUAGUACAGCAUGAAGUACUGUGCUCCGUGAAGAACACUUACGAGGUUCUUGAUUUCCUUGGGCGAGGGACCUUUGGACAAGUAGUGAAAUGCUGGAAAAGGGGGACAAAUGAAAUUGUGGCAAUCAAAAUCUUGAAGAAUCAUCCUUCGUAUGCACGCCAAGGACAAAUAGAAGUGAGCAUAUUAGCGAGACUGAGUACUGAAAAUGCUGAUGAAUUUAACUUUGUGAGAGCCUACGAAUGCUUUCAGCAUCGCAACCAUACUUGUCUGGUUUUUGAGAUGUUGGAACAGAAUUUGUAUGACUUCCUGAAACAAAACAAAUUCAGCCCUCUGCAACUGAAAGUAAUACGGCCGAUUCUGCAACAGGUGGCCACUGCACUGAAAAAACUGAAAAGUCUGGGUUUAAUCCAUGCUGACCUCAAACCAGAGAACAUUAUGUUGGUGGAUCCUAUUCGGCAGCCUUACCGGGUUAAAGUAAUAGAUUUUGGGUCUGCCAGCCAUGUAUCAAAGACUAUUUGUUCAACUUAUUUACAAUCUCGGUAUUACAGAGCACCAGAGAUCAUACUGGGAUUGCCGUUUUGUGAAGCCAUAGACAUGUGGUCGUUAGGGUGUGUGAUUGCAGAGCUGUUUCUUGGAUGGCCACUGUACCCAGGAGCACUGGAAUAUGACCAGAUUCGUUACAUUUCACAGACUCAAGGGUUGCCAGGAGAGCAGUUGUUAAGCAUGGGAACGAAAACUGCAAGAUUUUUCUGUAGAGAAACGGAUGCACCAUAUUCUAGUUGGAGAUUAAAGACAUUGGAAGAGCAUGAGGCAGAGACGGGUAUGAAGUCUAAAGAGGCCAGAAAGUAUAUUUUCAACAGUUUGGAUGAUAUAGUGCAUGUGAACAUGGUGAUGGAUUUGGAAGGAAGUGACCUGUUGGCAGAGAAGGCAGAUAGGAGGGAGUUUGUCAGUCUGUUGAAGAAAAUGUUGCUCAUCGAUGCUGAUUUAAGAAUCACUCCAGCUGAGACCCUUAACCAUUCUUUUGUUACCAUGAAGCACCUCCUUGAUUUUUCUCAUAGCAACCAAGUGAAGUCCUGUUUUCAUAUCAUGGAUAUUUGCAAAUGCAGAUCAAGUUCUUAUGACUUAAGUAAUCGCAAUAAAACGUCACUUAUGAGACCUGUUGCCUCAGGCAGUGCAGCUAAUUUGACUGCAAGCUUUACCAAAAUUGGUCCAGUAAGAAGUCAGGCAUUAACUGCAUCUGCCCAUUCAGUUUUGCACCAAGGGAUUCCACUGCAGGCAGGAACUGCUCAGUUUGGCUGCAGUGAUGUUUUCCAACAGGCAUUGAUUAUAUGUCCUCCAGCUAUUCAAGGAAUUCCUACAAACCAUAGUAAGCCUACCAGUUUCUCCCUGAGAGUGGACAAUGCAGUUCCGUUGGUGACCCAAGCCCACGCAAUUCAGCCCCUACAGAUCCAAGCAGGGCUCCUUUCUCAGACAUGGUCGAAUCACACCCAGCAAAUACUGGUUCCUGCAUGGCAGCAAGUAGCGCCAGUGGCAGCUCCUGCUACAUCUCUGGCCUCUGAUCCUGUGGCUGGCCCACAGAGGCUUGGAGACUGGGGGAAGAUGAUUACCCAGGGCACCCAUUACAAUUCAAUGAUACCACAGCCUCUUUUAACACAUCAGAUAACCUUGUCUGCCCCUCAGCCAAUUAGCGUGGGCAUUGCACAUGUUGUUUGGCCUCAGCCUGCAGCUACCAAGAGGAACAAACUGUGUCAGAACAGGAGCAAUGUGUUACAAAAUACCAAUAUCCAAAACUCAGCCUUUAUAUCUCCAAAGAUACUUAACCUGAAGGCUGUAAAGAGAAUAAAUUGUAUAGAAGCACAGGACAAUCAUAACUCAGAAGGACAGGAAAGUAACUGUUGUGAAGCAUCGGUCAGGCUGGACCCUGAUUCAUCUCUUUCAACCAAACAGCGCCAGGCUAUCUUCAUCGCCAGUUCCCCCAGCCCAGCAGUCAGCGUGAUCACCAUCAGCAGUGACACAGAUGAAGACGACGUAGGGCGAGCACAUUCACUCAGAGAGUGUAAAGGUAGCCUUGACUGCGAAGCCUGCCAGAACACCCUGAACAUUGACCGUGUGUGUUCUCUCAGCAGUCCUGAUAGCACUCUGAGUACUAGCUCCUCGGGACAGUCUAGUCCAUCUCCUUGCAAGAGAUCCAACAGUAUGUCAGAUGAUGAACAGGAAAGUGGAUGUGAUACAGUGGAUGGUUCCCCAACUUCAGACUCUUCAGGACAUGACAGCCCAUUUGUGGAAAAUGGCUUUGUAGAUAAUACCAAUAAUAAUAAAGAAGCCAGAGCAUCAGUUAAUCCCGAAACCAAAUCAGCUGUCUGCACAGUGGUGGUGCCACCAAUGAGACUUGAGAACAGGUUACAGCUUAAUGAACAUAUGGUGAAUACAGACGCUAUGAGCCAGCCACUGAAGAAGGGGCGGUCUGUCCUGGGAAGAAUAAACCAGUCUUCUGUUGCAGGAAACCGUCAGCAAAAACUGACAUCAGCAUUCCAUCAUCAGCAUAUCAACUUCAGUCAGGUUCAGCACUUUGGAUCUGGGCCGCAGGAGUGGAACGGAAACUAUGCUCCUCGGAGGCAGCAGGCUUACAUCCCAGCCAGCGUGGCUGGUCAUGCUUUCUCCCUUCCACAGGGAAGCCCAAGCCACACUACGGUGCACGCGCAUCUCUCUGGCAGCACCCACCUCGGAGGGCAGCCUGCUAUCCUUCCCUUCCCCACAUCAGCACCCCUUAGUACUGCUGCACCUGUCGCCCACCUCCUUGCCUCGCCGUGUACCUCAAGACCCUUGUUGCAGCAUCCAACGUACAGUAUAUCUCAUCCCAGUGGUAUAGUGCACCAAGUUCCGGUUGGCAUAAAUCCCCGCCUCUUACCUUCCCCAACCAUUCAUCAGACUCAGUACAAACCGAUUUUCCCACCGCAUUCGUACAUCGCAGCGUCGCCCGCUUACGCGGGAUUUCCACUGAGUCCGACAAAACUCAGCCAGUAUCCCUUUAUGUGAGAACUCACAUCCAGUAUAUUGAGGAAGCUCAAUGAUGCAGAAGUUCGAUUUGAGAAGAAACAUGGUAUUUAUUAAAUAUUAGCCAUGGCACAACAGGAAAAUUAUUUUUUUGAAUCAUGUAGACUUGGGUGCAAUUUAAACAACUCUGAGCUUUAAAAAAAAAAACAAAACAAACAACAAAAAACUCACUUUUAAUGUGUUUUGCACAUUUGGUAUAACUUGUCUUUGCUCAUGUUAUCUUCUUAUAUAGUAACUUUAGACAGGUGACUUACAGGAGCAGAAGUCUGGUUUUGCUCCUGCUAUUUUUUAUAAAAUUGCCUUCUAACUAGUGCAAGACACGUCCACAUUUGGGAAGCCAUUCAGUGUACAGAACUAGAGCAACAGAUGCACAUGUGUCAGCAGUACAGUGUAGAAGUAACUUGUUUGUGUUGCGUAUCUUGGUGUUUAAAUGUUGAGUCACUUACCUGAAAGUUGAGCUGUUGUUCUUCACAUUUUGCAUGUGUCUUUUGCAUGGGGGGAAAACAAACAAACAAACAAACAAACCAACAAAACAAAAAGAAAGAAAAGAAAGAAAAAAGCCUAAACAUUGCUCUUAAAUGUUGUUGUCCUAAUAAUCUCAGCUGCAUUGUAAACUGUUCCCACACAUAGUGCCUUAAAUAUUUGAGGUUGUUAAUGUUAUUACUUAUAUAUAAAUGUUGAGGACUGCAGCACUUAAAAGUUCAGAUCUGCUGAUUCUUUUUUUGAUAGCGUAAUGCUCAUCUUGGGUUUUGUGUGGUAUGAUUUUAGUAUUGGGUGUGUUUUCCUUAUUGAAGGCAGCAUGGUUUUUUUGCUGUAGCCCAAUUUUGCUGUCUUUUAUUUUAUUUUAUCCUCCCCCCGCCCCGAAUGAUCUAGCUUCAAGACAAGAGUUUUUUAGUAGUGUUUUAAGAAAAGUUGAUGCAGUAGCUAUUGAGUAGUGACACACAACACAGUAUUUCAUACUGGCAAACGGAACUGCAAUACAACCUAAGUAGUUUAUUUUUCAAAGUGUUUGUCUAAUUGGAUAUAAUCAAAUGUUUAGAGGUGCGGUAGGCAUGACUGACUAACUAAUGAAAGAAAAAGCCAAGUGCUCGUUGAUCUAUGGUGUGGUUUCAUCUUAGCUUGAGCAAGCCAUGCAGUAUUUAAUAACUAGUAGCAUAAUAUUUACUAUUGAAGCUUGAAAAGAUGUGAGUUCAUUGUGUGCAAUCUUUCAUUUAUGCAUGGGAGAGAUUUUAGUCCUUUUACAUGCUAGUAUUUGUUUUAGCCUGUUGCUGGUGUUUGCUUAUUUAAUACAUUCCGUCAGGGACGUCAGUUACAUGCUUUUGGCAUUACUUCUUUUCUUUUUUUUCCUUAGGAAGUGUGUGUCUUUUUGGUUUUUUUGUUUUGUUCAAAUGAAGUUGCUUUUGCAGCACCAAAGACUUAAUCAUCCAUUUCCUAUAAAAGGUAGCUACUUCUUCAUAGACCUCAAGUAUACUGUAGUGUAGAGAUGGGAUUUACAGAAGGUAUUAAGCUGAGGCUGUGUUUUAGCUUAUGGGCAAGUAAUAAAUUGUACCAUUUAUCUUGAAUGUAUCAUAGAUAAGCUGCUAUAUAAUGAUUGCCACUUCAGAUAGCUGUGAAAUUAGGUGAUUAACUAGUUCUUUCUUAGCCUUCUAAUUUCUGUACAAGUCUAAUUACGUGAAACAGAAGCUGGGUUUUGGGUUUGUUCUGGGGUUUGGUUUUUUUUGGUUGCCUUUUUUUUGGUUGUGGGUGUUGUUUUUUUUUCCUUCAUUUUGUUUUUACGUUUGAAGUGUUGUAACUACUAUACUGUAAAUGAUGGAAGAUGAUUGCAUAUGGGUUUUUUUGGGGUGUGUUAUUUGCAUCAGUAUUUUAUCUCCAUUAACUUUGAGCUCAUCACUGCAUAUAAGUGGUUGUAUUGAUGUAACUUAAUUCUUUUUUAAAAUGUUUUCAUAUUGGCAUUGUGUAGACACUUAAGCUGCAUCUUGCAGGCUUGACUUAACUUUUUUUUUGUGUUUUG